CCAUCCGGACUGCGCGCGCCGGGAAAACAGAGCCGGAAGGUGAGCGCGGGUCAAGCCCUGCAGUUGCGGGGGUGAAUUCGGAGGAGCGAGACGACCCCCCCGUGAGAACCUGGAGGCGAGGUGACCAAAGCCACAUAAUGUCAGUAGUUCGUUCAUCCGUCCAUGCCAAAUGGAUCGUGGGAAAGGUGAUUGGAACAGCAAUGCAAAAAACAGCUAAAGUGAGAGUGACCAGGCUUGUUUUGGAUCCCUAUUUAUUAAAGUAUUUUAAUAAGCGUAAAACCUACUUUGCUCACGAUGCUCUUCAGCAGUGCACAGUUGGGGAUAUUGUGCUUCUGAAAGCUCUACCUGUUCCACGAACAAAGCACGUGAAACAUGAACUGGCCGAGAUCAUUUUCAAAGUUGGACAAGUUAUAGAUCCAGUGACUGGAAAACCCUGUGCAGGAACUACCUACCUGGAAAGCCCAGUCAGCUUGGAAACCACCUGCCUAACCAAAAAUCUGGAAGAACUCAAUAGCUCUUCAGCACAGUGAUGGAGGAUUGGAAGAAGGAGCCAAAGGGAAAGAUUUAUAAGUUUGCUUUAUGGAAAAAGGAAAUUUUUCUAAGUUUCAUUACAAAGUGUCCAAUUUCUCUUCCAGUAUUUAUGGAAUAGCUAAAAGUAAAUGAAGUAAAGGCCUUGUUAAAUGCUCAUAAAAGUUUAAGGUCAUGUUUUCAAUUUCCUUUUCAUUGAACAUACUUUCCUCUUACAGUAAGUGUGCCUAGCAAUCCCCUGCAUUGUUUUGUA